AUGUAUCUUUACAUUCCAAGCUUCAAAUCCUACACUGAUGCUUUUAAACUUUUUAAUAGAUUCUGUCGCCCACCGAAAGACUUAAAAAUCUACAUCGAAAAAUUCGAAUUUUUCAAGGGAUAUCCAUCUACAGAAGAAAUGUCGAAUAAUCAAAAUUUAAGAAAUAUCGCAAAUUGUGAAUAUUAUCAUGUCUUUUUUAAAUACACAGAGCAGUCAAUUAAGUCACCAGAAUUUGGGUAUGUUUGUGUGAUGAGAUACGAUGGCUUUUUAUGGGAUUAUCAUCACUUUCGUCUUUACGUAGGAAUGUUUGAUCACUUGGGCGAACUCCAACCUAUAGUUAUCAACAAAGAUGGAUCAAUUCAAUAUAUCACUGAUGAAGAAAUACCAAUGAAUAAGUAUCAUAAGAAUCAGAUUUAUACACUUCUUGAUGAAUAA